AUGGCGGCCGCGGGCGGGCACUACGCUGGCCGAGAGGGUUUACGCUACUCCGCCGGCGUAGAGUCCCAUGCGUUGGAGCGGCAGCGGCGCCCUCCAGCGAGCGUAAAGCGCUCUGUGAAUGGCGAGGCCCGACUGACAAAGGGGAGGGGGGAGGAGGGAAGGGGGGGUAAUAAACACUCGAGUCCCUACCGAUUCCUCCUCCUUCUCCAUCCCGGUGGGCAUCUGGGGCACGGCCCGGUUGAUGGAGACGCAGUCGUUGAGAUCAGGCAUGUCCUUGCCGCGGUAGAUAGGCAGCGGUUUGGCGGCGUCCAGCGCCCGCGCUCGGAAGGAGAGUUUACUCAUUGUCUCCCCGCCUUACAGGAACAGCCCGGGCGGCGGCGGCGGGGCGGGCGGGGAGGGGGGGAGGACUCCCGCCGCCUCCUCCACCUCCUUCCUCAGUGCAGCGCGGCCGGCCCGCUCCUCCUCCUCCUCACUGCCCCCGGCCACAGCAUGGGCGCCCACCCCGCCCGAAAACAGCCCCCCGCCGCCCGCGGCCGCUUCCACACACUAGAUCCGCCGCUCGCCCGCCCGAUCCGCUCCCUGCGCCAUGGCCAACAUGGCGGACAUUACCACAGCGGCGGCGAGCGAUCCCGGCAGCCCGCGCGAGAGCGCGCCCCCGCCGCGGGAACGCGCUUCGCCCUCUCCUUCCCUCCCUCCCUCCCUCCUUCCUCUCCCUUCCCCUCCCUCGCCUGCCCACCCACUCUCUCCGCGGCGCUGCCGGCCCGCGGGAGCGUGCUCGGUCUCGGUCUGCUCCGCAGAGAGGGGGCGGCGGCGGCGGCGCCCCUCCGCUCGCCGGCCGGUGCUCUCGGUGUGGCAGGUGCCAGGUGCGCAAGUUCGCCCGCGCUCUGGAGCGUGCGCCUGUGCCGCGCCGCCCGGUCACCACUCUCGCUGGGUGUCCCGCGGAAGGCGCCGGGCGAAGACAACUGCGUCGAGCAGCGCGUGUGUGCUUAAGUCCGGGAGCGGGAAGGGAAGGUGUCGACCCGGGCCCCACCAGCCACCACCCAAGCCUGUACUCGGACAGCGCUUAUCCCCAAGGCGCCCCGAGCGCAGGCUAAUUAUUCGCAUCCUCCGAGGCGCACAUCCCCAAGAGGUGAAAGCGGUCCGUCCCGUCAGUCCGCUCGGAGGGGCGCCUCGCGGCUGAUGUCAGCAGUCUCCUCCGCCCUCCCCUCAGUACCUGUCCGAAAGAGCUCUCCAAGGUGCGGCAGCGCGCUAGUCCUCGCCUUCGCGGGGUGGAUGCUCAGGCCAGCAGUGAGGGUUCAUGGUUUGAGGCUGCCAGAUGCAACAAGUGAACUUGAACCUGUCACCCAAACUUCAGUACAGCUGUUUAGUGGAUGUGGUGCUACCCUGCUAUCCAAGCUUCUCAGUUUAUUGACCAGUCAGCAUUUUAAAGCUGCUAAUCCAAAGUUGAUGACUAAGACCUUACAACCAACGACCAAGAGAGUGUAUCACCCAGAGCCUAAAGUUGCAGUAGACUCAAGGAGGGAAGGCACAAUAUCCGUCUAUCAAUCUCUGUAUCCCCAGUUCCUUGCCUCACGUAUGGCAGACAUCUAAGGUAUAUUUGUUGACUGAUAUUCCAUGAAGAAAUUGGCUGAUACUGACCCCAUGCCACUCUAGCUUAUAGUUUACAUACCUUACUGGCCUGUCACCUGACCUAGCUAUUGCUGCCAAUAUUUGCUAUUACUGUGGUCUACCCGGUUUCCAGCUUCCUGCCUUUGGGCAUAGAGAUUUUAGAACCAAUUAGAGCAAUUCAAAAAACACCUUUUUGAAACCUGGAAUUUAACUAUAGGAAGGGAUUUUUGCUGUAGUAGUUGUUUCUUUGUUGUUCUUUUACUCUGACCAUGUAAAAGAUUUCUUCCCCAAAUCUCCAUUUUCUUCUCACCCUGUAGGCAAUGAUUAUAGAGCUGGGAAUAAAACUGUUUGAGGCAAAUAACACAAUACACUUUUCAACUGAGAUACAGCCUGUGUUUUCUUGGCUUCCAAUUUAGUGCCCAAAUCACAAUGCCUCUGUUCACAUUCGGAAAGUAACGUAUGUAAAUAUUACCUUUCAUAAAGUUUAUUUCUGAUUGAUUUGUUGAAUACUCAUAUAAUUGUUAAUGCUAAAAACAGAAAAUAUCUUCUUAUAAAAUAAAAAAUUAUGAAAUACUUUUAUCAAGACCUGCUUCAAAUGGAUGUGCAGCCUAAUCUCCAAUUUUAAUUUUCACGUACAAUGCGCUGAGUACAGUCAUUCUAAAAUCAGUCCACUUAAAUAUGCUCUGCACCAAUUCCAAAUGACAUGCGUUUAGCCCAGCAAACAUAAUAUAUAAGCACCCAAGAAUUAAAACCAGUUUUAAAGCCAUAUCAAAAUAAAAUCACUAUCUAAAUGUAGUCUAAAUUAGAAUAAAUGUCAAGUAACUGUUAGAACUGGAAUUACAAUCCAGUUUCCAUUUCCCAGUACUAUAAUCAAGGCAGGCAGCUUCCAAAUAAUGGACAAAUUACUUUUUGUAAGGAAUCUUAAAACUAGUAAACACAGUUGCUAUUCAACUAUUUCAGAGUUUUGUAAAUGUCAUGUUCUUUCUAAUUGGCUCCUGGUUUCAGCAAACCCAAUUGAAAGUUAAUUGGGUUGGUAUGUGAACUGCAUCUCCACCCCUCCCCCUUAUGUUCCCAGGAAUGAGCCUAGUACUAAUAAAGCUUCGUUGUUUUCCAUAUGUAAUCUGAAUGUGGGGUCUGCAUUCAUUACAAUCAACUGCAAUCAGUUCUGUGGUUCCAGUGCCCUUUUCUGAGGCAGCUCUGCAUCUUUGAGAUGUAAGGACAGAGACUACACUGAGAGGUGACCUGCCAAACAUCUACUUCUACCUCUACAUUUGCCACAGUGGGAAUAGCAGAUGGUAAAUAAAAAUUUGUGCCUGUG